GGAGAUCGGUCUCCUGGUUCUAGUCUUCAUAGUAUAUACAUACCAUACAUAUACACAAUCUUUUUUCCGAAGUAUGGUCGUCACUCCACUCAAUUUGGUAUCAAUUUUUCGGCCAAACUUUCACAGAUGUUUGCAAUCUAGCUAAUAAAUUUAAUAGACUGUAAUAAUGUUCAUAUGUAACAAUUAUUGAUGUUUUAUGUAUAUUUUUAUCUAUUAUAAAGUUAUACAUACAUUUAUGAUAUAUAUGUGAGAUAUAUCAGUUUAAGAAAAAGUUUAUUCACAAUUUUCAACAUGCAGUUAUCCAGUCUUGAUGCUUUACACAUAUAUUUUAUUAAUUGACAAUGUAAUAUGGAAAUAAUUCCUUUCAUUAUUAAAAGAAAAUAAUGGAAGAAGGAGCAAUGUUAUGGAUGCUUUCUCUUGUUAUGCUAGUUGGGUCUUGUUUGGCUGGAUCAUUACCGUUAGUCAUGAAUUUGUCAGAAGACAAAUUACAGUUAGUAUCUGUAUUAGGAGCAGGUCUUCUUGUUGGAACUGCAUUAGCAGUGAUUAUACCGGAAGGUAUAAGAGCUUUAUUUACUGGUGAACUUACUAAUGAAAAAGAGUUACAUGGUGAUUUACAUUCCUUAAUUGGAAUUAGUUUAGUACUUGGCUUUGUAUUUAUGCUUUUGAUUGAUCAAUGUUCAGCAAGAAAAAGUGAUGGAAGACAUAAGAGUGUUACAGCAACUUUAGGUCUUGUAGUGCAUGCAGCAAUUGAUGGAAUUGCCUUAGGAGCCGCUGCUACUACAUCCCAAGCUGAUGUCGAAGUGAUAGUUUUUUUAGCAAUAAUGUUGCACAAAGCACCAGCUGCAUUUGGACUUGUAUCAUUUCUUCUUCAUGAAGGUGUAGAUAAAAAAAGGAUAAGCAGGCAUUUAUUAAUUUUUUCUCUUGCGGCACCAUGUCUUGCACUUGUGACAUAUUUUGGUAUUGGAAAAGAAGGAAAAGAAACGCUGAGCAGUGUCAAUGCAACUGGUUUAGCUAUGUUGUUUAGUGCUGGAACAUUUCUUUAUGUAUCCACUGUCCAUGUUUUGCCAGAAUUGAUGACAAGAAAUAGUAAUUACUCACAUGUGCCAAGUGUCGAGGGUACGACACUCUCUGCAACUGGACUUAAAGUUAAAGAAAUAUUAUUCUUAGUAAUAGGCUCAUUUUUACCUGCUUUAAUAACAACUGGACAUCAUCAUUGACUAAAUGAAGUAUUAUAUGAAGAUAUUAGUAUGUAUGAAUGAAAUUUUUUAUUCUAAUUUGAGAAAUUCCAUCUUUAAGAUAAUUUUUAUAAUUUUAAAAUUUAAAAAGUUGUUAUAUUGUAUUAUAUUGUAUGUACAUGAAGAUCUAUAUAUUGGAGAAAAACGAGAAUCAGCAGAUGUGUAUUUCUUAACACAAUUAAAAAAUAUUUUUUUUACUAAAUUUAAUCAUAAAUUUGAUUAUUAAAUAUUGAUAAUUUUUAU